AUGAGAACUCUUAAAUGGAACCCUUGGUUUGAACCAGAUGUUAAAACAAUAAUUGGAAUUGCAUGGAUCUCCAUGCUAGAUCUACCACCAAACUUAUUUGCCAAAGAAGGAAUUUUUUCAAUUGCUUCAGCAAAUAGGAAACCUUUGAUAGUGGAUAUGGCAACUAAAAAUCACACAAGGCCAAGUUGUGCAAGAGUGAAGAUUAAAGUGGACCUGGUCGCUAUGUUACCCCACAGGGUAAAGAUCAAUGAAGAAGAUGAUAUAAAUGGAAAGAUUAAAUCAAAGUGGAUCAGUAUUCGAUAUGACCAUAAGCCCAAAUACUGCCAGGAAUGUUGUUUGCAAGGUCAUGAUGAAAAUACAUGCUGGAAUACUCACCCAAAAAUGCAUGAAAAAAUUCAGGAGCAAAGAGGAGGUAAGGAAUAUGGUAAAGAGAAGGAGGAACAUCAUAGGGAACAAGGACAAAUAACAACAAAGGAGAAUAAUAGUAAUCAAUGGUUACUCAGGAAGAAAAAAACCAAAAAAGAUAGAUUUGGUCGUAUAGUUGGGGAGAAUGAAAACACCAAAGACUGUGUGAAUAGAAGCUUUGACAAAGGUGAAAUAGGAGAACAGGGAGAAAGUGGAGAGAGUAUUAGAGAUGAAAGGGAAGAGGAAGAGGCAGUGCAAAACCAUACCGAAAUAGAGAAGAGUGACAAUACAGAGUUGGCUCUAAUGCAAUAUGAUCAUACAGACAAGAAGGAGCAGAUAAUAGAAGAUGUAUUUCCCAUUGCAGUGGAUGCAGGUUUAAUGGAACCUUUUCAGGAGAGUCAUCUUGUAGAGGAUUAUAAAAGGAGAUUGGGUAUGCAGCAUAUAGUGGUGAAUUGCUCAGGUAAAAUAUGGGCUUUUAUGGAUCAUUCUAUUGAAUUUACUAUAUUAAGGAUGAAAGUCUAUUGUUGUGGGAUUCUUUGGGAGACUGCUAAUAAUAUGCAACACCCUUGGUUAGUAGGAGGUGAUUUUAAUAUUAUUAGAAGUGAGGAGGAAAAGCUUGGUGGACCGCAGGUAACAGUAGCUGAGACACAUGACUUUAAUCACUAUAUUAGCAUUUGUAAUCUGGAAGAUUGUGACUUCAAAGGAAGCAGGUUUACAUGGUGGAAUGGUAGAGUGGAUGAAAACUAUAUUCUUAAAAGGUUAGACAGAGUACUGGUUAAUGAUAAAAUACAGGAGCUAUUCCCUGUCUUAGAUUGA